AUGGUUACACUCAAGAUUUUGCCGGGCUUUAGGGGUACUUACGUGCAUGUCUGGAUAUGUGUCUGGUCAGGUUUCCGGCUUUGUCAAGGGAGAGGGUUGCUGUCGAAGAUGAGUUCAAGAAGAGGUGACGGGAAUCCGAAAGGAAAGCAGUUGAGUCAGGGUGUAGCAAACAUUGGCCUGGACUCGGCACAGGACGAUGGAGAAUGGGAGGUAAUUGGCAAGAAAUCCAAGAACAGAAGUGGCGGCAUAUUUGGUCCUCAAAGUUCUAGUUACAAGGCUUGGGGACCGCCACCCCAAGGGGUUCCGAAAACUGGCACGCGCAGUGGUGCUGGUGGUUCACAAGCUGCUCAUUCUCAAAAACCAGCUGGAGGAAGAAAUGCAAGGCAUCCCUAUAACAACACAGGUGGUUUUGGAGACAACUUUAUGGCCCCGAAAAAUGUGAUUCCCCCUCCGCUGGACCAAGGAUGGAAUUGGCAAUCUAGAGCUGGCAAGAAAGACAAGAAUGUGGUUCCUCCUGCUGCUGUUGCUGAAGAUUAUGAUGACGAGGACAACUCUGAUCCUCUGAGUGAUCUUGACGACUCGGAUGAUGAUCUCUUCAGCGACGAGUUUGACUCUGACUCUAGUGAAAAGAGUCAUGGAACUCGAAAGAAGAGUAAAUGGUUCAAACAAUUCUUGGACGCGUUUGAUCGUUUAAGUGUGGAUGAGAUUAUUGAUCCUGCCAGGCGGUGGCACUGCCCUGCGUGCAAAAAUGGUCCUGGAGCAAUUGACUGGUACGAUGGCAUGCAGCCCCUGAAAAGGCAUGCAGAAACUAAAGCGGCCAAGCGGGUGAAGCUCCAUCGAGAGCUUGCGAAACUUAUAGAUGCGGAGUUGCAGCUCAAGGGAGCCACUGUUACACCUGUGGGCCAAGUAUUCGGCAGAUGGGCAGCUCUGAAGGAUGAAGAAAAGAAUCGCAAAGUUAUCUGGCCUCCGAUGGUGCUGAUCAUGAACACAAAACUCAAACUGCAGGAUGAAUACGACAAGUGGAUUGGCAUGGGAACCGAGGAGCUUCUUGAUUUGUUUGAUGAUUACCAUGCUAGUAAGGCUCGACACUCAUAUGGUCCGCAGGGACAUUGUGGGAUGAGCAUGUUGAUUUUUGAGGCCUCGGCGAUCGGACACUUUGAGGCAGAGCGGCUGCACAGGCAUUUUGCAGAACAAGGAUUUGGUAGGGAUGCGUGGGAGCGCAAUCCUGUCUUGUUUCGUCCAGGUCUUAUCCGACAGCUCUAUGGUUUCUUGCCAACCAAGCGAGACUUGGAUACUUUCAACCAGCACUGCGAUGAUAAAGCGGGGCUGAAAUUCGAUAUAAAAUCUUACCAGGAGAUGGUUUUGAAGCCGACAAGGCAGAUGAGUCUGGACAGCGAAGAGGUUAUUCGGCUGAAGGACAAGCUCCCGAAAGAAAUGAGGCUCAGGACAGAUGCUGAGGAAACUAAUGCCAUACUUCGUGACAAGAUCGAAAAGCUGCAAGAUGAAAAUCGUCUUUUGAAGCAGAGGAUCAAAACGCAGCUGGAAGAGAACAAGGAAGAGAUGAUUCUGCAGGAAGAAUUCUACAAAGAUGUUAUAUCUCGUCCUCGAGAUUAG